AUGUCCUCCGUCAUCAGCACCCCGAACCCCCUCCCCAUGGGGCCCGAGGUCACCAAGAAACCCAAUAACCUCACGGCCACCCCGUCGGCCAGGCACGCCGCCGCCGCCGCUGUCGCCAACAAGCAGCAGCAGCAGCAGCCCCUCAACGCCGCGGGCGACAAGGCGAACCUCGUCGAGUUCUGGCGCAGACCGGAGGCAGGCAACAUCUACCGCCACGCCGAGCACUUGACUCUUCCAGUGACCCCCUGCCUCGUCGAGCACGCGCAGCUGUGCCAGGCCGUGAGCGCCGCCAAGGCGCCCCUCAAGGUCAUGGACAUGGCGUGCGGCACGGGCGUCGUGUCGUCGUACAUCCAGAAGAUGAUGCGCGAGCUGCCGCCUCACGAAAGGGAGAAGCUCAAGUUGACGUCCGCAGACUCGAGCGAGGCGCAGCUCGGCGUCGUGAAGGACAAGAUGGCGAGGGAGAAGUGGGUUGGAUGUGAGGUCAAGCAGACUGACAUCAUGGUAAACAGUUUCCUUCUCUUGUGA